AUGAAUUCAGCACCGCUUCGUCUAUAUCACGAUAUCAGCCCCAGUCGCUCUCGCGUGGCCUGUCCAAACGAGACCUCUCACCAUUUUCUGGUCAUUGGAGCUGGCGUCAUAGGCCUUACCACCGCUUGGACUCUGCUUGACGCUGGUCAUAAUGUUACGAUAAUAGCCAAAGAAUGGGCGUCUUGGACCAAAGCUCAACGUCUGACCAGCCAGAUCGCUGGAGCUCUUUGGGAGUACCCACCUGCAGUAUGCGGUCAGCACAUCGACAAAACCUCUCUCCAUCAUUCCAAGCGAUGGGCUAUGACAUCGUACCGCAUCUGGGAUCAGCUUGCAGACCCGAUUAUGGGCGAAAUGAAGUCUGGCGUGGUAAUGAGACCAGCGGGGUUUUUCUUUCCCCGCUCGCUUGACGAGAUUCCGGCUGAAUUGCAAAAGAUGAAGGAACUCAGUAUAUCUGGCGUAAAGGGAUUCUGCCGGAACCCAGCCCUGGCAGAACAACAUCGCGUGAAUCCACGGCAUAGUAUUGUGGACGCAUACGAAAUUCUGUCUCCUCAAAUUGACACCGACGUUGCUAUGGAGUGGCUAAUGCAGCUCGUGGCAGCGAAAGGGGCAAUAUUUGUGACUGAGGAGAUCCAAGAGGACCUACUCCUGAUUGAGGACUCAUUGCGCGCCCGUUUCUGUGCUAAUGCCAUCGUCAACUGCACAGGGCUCGGAAGCGCCACGGUGGCUAACGAUGACAGCUGUUACCCGCUCCGUGGCGCCAUGAUCCGUGUGAUCAACGAUGGAAAGGACUUCCCAAAAGUCAAGGCUGCCCUUGCUAUCUCAGCAGAUGCGGCGCCAGAUAACAAGAUGGUGUUCAUCGUUCCGCGGAAUGACAGCAUUCUGUACUUGGGAGAUAUCAAGCGAAUGAGGGCCCGUUGCGAAGCAUUUUUGCCUGAUCUGAAGAACGCGCGUCUCGACAAGGAGUACCCACUUGCCCAGGGACUACGGCCCUUUCGCGGUAGAAAUGUCCGCGUAGAGCGCGAGCUUCGUGAGCACAUUCGUCAUUUCGAACUGUUCCGAUCGUUCUAUGAGACUAAACUCCUUUCUGAACACUCCAUGGCAUCCCAAUACGCUGAAGACCAGCCUGCCGGGUUUGUGAACAGACUCCAAAGAAUUGCUAUUGUUGGAGUGAGCCGGAGGUCAAAUCGGAAAGCCCAUCGCAGAGCAGCUGGUCCAAGGUGGCAAGCACAAAUGUGCACCGUCACGGCCAUCGCACGGGCCGGCAGCAAGAGCAGCAUCGCUCCAGGCACGAAGGCUAUCAAUGUCGAGUACAACAAUCAGGCGUGCAUUGUCGCGGCUCUAAAAGGUAUCGAGUUCUUGCUUGUAACACCGGCUCUUGGAGCCCCUGAGAAUACGCACCGGAAGCUGGUCGGGGCGGCUGCCAAGGCUGGAGAGCAAUACGUUCUGACCAAUGCAUGCGGUCUUGAUGUAUACAGGAAGCCAGAGCUGCUCGGCAUCGAUAAAAAGAACCGUACUGCUACGUUCUUUAACGACGGCAAGAAGUCCAUUAAUUUUACGACGAUCUCACAGCUUGUUUGUGCAGCUGUCGCCUUGGUGAGCCUGAAGGUUCUUCUAGAUAAUAAGAACGACAAGUCUGUGACUCUCUCCCAGUUCUUCAACAAGCCAGUUUACGUUUCAAGUUCCCACCUCAGCCAAGCGGAUAUUCUCGAAAGCAUCAAGAGGGUGACAGGCAAGGAGGAAAGUCAGUGGCGUGUAUCUUACGAUUCGAGUAAGGAAAGACACGAAGACGGCACGAAGUUGAUCUUUGAGGGCAACCCGGCUAGCUUCGCAAAAGCAAUUUUCGCCCCAAGCACUGCGGUACAGACGGCACCUACGAUAGUCACAACGAUCUUCUCGGUCUUUCCAAGAAGGACUUAG